AUGUGUAAGGGGCGCAUGCUGGAAGCCCUUGUCAAGGGCGCCUCUGCAAACGGAGCAGGCUGGACUGACGGCGUCAAGGACAGGCUUGAGGACAAGCUCAGCCGACUUGGCAUCACCGCAGAAAACAAAUACGGCCUCAUGCUACCCGCAAAGACGCUAAACUUCGACCCCAACGCUCGGCACCUUGCUAUCGACCAGCCAACCUGGAGCAGCGUGGCCGACUUUGUCGAGCUGCAUGGGUGGCUGCUUGACCGCCGCCAGUGCGACGGCUGCUCUUGCGGCAUCUACAACAUCCUCGGCGGCGUUUCGCUGGACGUGUUCUCGCCCCUCGGUUGGGUCGACCUUGUUCUGAAAUCCGCCCGGACGCACACGAACCAGGAGGCCCUCGACAGCUGGGAAGUUCCGAUAAGGCAGCCAUUCAGCUCUAGCAGACGGUCGCUCUGCGACAGCUACAGCCCCUCGAUGUCGAGAUGGUGGAGAGACGGUCGAAAUGUAUCGUCAACAGCCUCGCAGGCUCUUUCCAGGCUGCGCAACGAUGCAGCCCACGUCUUGGUCAAGAAGGUCCUCGAGCCCGAGUGGAAGCAUGCCUGCCAAAAGGGCAAUUUCCGCAGGCUGAUAAAGCAGGGCGACGAACUGACCGACAAGUCCAAGAAGCAAGCCAACAGCGACGCGGCAGCGGCCCCGAACGGUGGUAUUUCUGGCACUUUGGCCACCCCCGAGUUUGUCGGACCCAGCAGACCAACACGCCGAUAA